AUGAACUACUUUAUACGCUGUGGGCUCACACUGCUGAUGGUGCGUCUGUUCAACACAAGGCACACGAUAACUGAUAAGACAACCAUCUAUGGCAUUUGUACGACACAAGAUGUGGACAUCUAUUUGCGGCACAUGAACAACGCACGAUAUCUGCGCGAUCUGAAUUUCGCGAAUAUUCACUACUAUAUAACAACCGAUGUGUACAACAUUGUGUGUCAGAGUGGCGGCUCUAUAAUAAUUAGCGCUACGACUAUCAGAUAUCGACGCUUCUUACCUCUCUUCCAACCGUACAAAGUAGACACAAGGCUCAUCUGGUGGGACGACAAGGCCAUGUACUUCGAGCAACAGUUUGUCUCGCUUUUCACUGGAUUUGUGCAUGCCAUUGCUCUCUCCAAGCAUUUAUUCAUCAAUUACAACGUUUUCGAUUUAGUGCCCAUGUUUAAAGACACCGCCCAGCGACCAGAUAUACCCGAUGAACUGAAGCUCUGGCUGGAAGCCAACGAUGAGUCAAGUAAAAAACUUAGAGGAAAGGGCCUAUCGGAGGACAAGAGCUACUUCGAUUGUCGAGCGUCUUUUUUCUAG